ACCUGGAGGAAGUUAGCGGCGGGAGGCGGGGAGUGGUGUACGGCAGGUAUCUCAGGCCUCAUGGCGACCGUGGGAGCGAGCGGCAGCGAUGGGAAAGGGCCAGGGGUGGAGACCCCCGUCACCUAUUACCGUUUGGAGGAGGUAGCGGAGCGCAACUCCUCGAAGGAGAUAUGGCUGGUGAUCCACGGGCGAGUCUACGAUAUCACCCGCUUCCUUAACAAGCAUCCUGGCGGAGAAGAGGUUCUGCUGGAACAAGCUGGUGCAGAUGCAAGUGAAAGCUUUGAAGAUGUUGGCCACUCCUCUGAUGCCAGAGAAAUGCUGAAGCAGUACUAUAUCGGUGAUGUGCAUCCGAAUGACCUUAAACCUGAAAGUGGUAGCAAGGACCCUUCGAAAAAUGAUACAUGCAGAAGUUGCUGGUCAUACUGGAUUUUCCCCAUCAUAGGCGCCAUUCUCUUAGGUUUCCUGUACCGUUACUACUACCCAUCAGAAAGCAGAUCCUCCUGAGGAGGCCUUGUCGAAGUCUGGAAAGCAGAUCCACUUGGGAGUGGCAGCUAGAGACUUAUUUGGAGGCUGCAGCGGUGCCCUGUUCUCACAUUCUUCCAGCUGUGCUCUCCCCCCUGGAGCCCAGACGGUUGGCUGCGCAUCCCCCUCAGGGCCAGGGACAGGGCCCUCCUUCCCCAGAGCCUACUCCCGAAGCACCUGCUCACUGUUCGGUGUCCUGGCCGACGUUUCCCGUCUUCACUGGUUCUCACGAGCAUCUUUAUAUUUCAUUGUUUUCUGUUGAUAACUGCAGUCCAUGUGCCCUAGCGACAUUGCCCUUUGGUAAAAAUGCCUGCUUUCCAGUACUUUGCACAUUAUCAUACUCUACUUUUGAAGCUUUUCUUUUUCCAUUUUUCUUUUAAGUAAAUAUUGUUAUUUUAAAAAAAAAAAUAAUAA